UCGGCGCUAGUAGUCGGCUUACUUUCCAGCAGUCAUUUUGUGGUUGUACAUAGUGUAAUACAAACUGCCGUCAAGACGUUCCUCAAAAACUCGAGAACGCUUGGGCGAGCCAAAAUGACGGCGGUUGCAACGAUACCGUCAGCCCACUCCAUUAUCCAGGUGGUUAAUGAAGCUAAUUUAAAUAAAAUCGAGAGCUUUCUCAACGAUACAGCGUACAGGGAAGCCAUUGAAAAUUCAUCAACGUACAACAGUAGAUUAUGCAGAGAACGAAGACUCCGUAUGCCUUUUCUUGACUCUCAAACAGGAGUCGCACAGAACCAUUCGGCUCUGUUUAUGUGUUCACGAGAACGUAUGCCAGGUUUAUUACACGGGCAAAUUUAUACAUAUCCUAGUAAAAGAUGGAGAAAAAAACGACGUCAGUACCUGAUGCAUUAUUUACAUCCCAAACGGGGAGUCAGAGGUGACAUAGAUGACGGGGUCGAGGGAGCCGAUGGAAUAAUAGCGGGUAUGAAUGAUGAUUCCAAAGAAUCUGCUGCUCUUAAAGACGAGCACAGUAAAGACGGGUGGUAUUAUGACGAGCAAGACAUGCUGGACAUGGAUGCCUUUGAGGAACCAGAUCCAGACAGCGAUUACGACUACGAGGAAAGUUACAGCAGCAAGAGGAAACGAAGAAGACAUCGAGGGAGUGGACACCAUCCUGCAAGAAGUCAUCCACCUGCCACCGACAGCCCUGGGACCAAAAGAACAAAAGGUGGUGGACGUGGAAGAAAAAAAGCCAACUACGAUGUUACUGAUUCCGAUAAGCCAUUCGUAUGUGACCUAUGCAGCGCACGGUAUAAAACCAGACCUGGUCUGGUCUACCAUUACGGUCAUUCCCACUCUACUUCCUCUGGUGAUCCUGCUAAGGAACUAAGUCCCAGUCCUGCCGAAGUCGAAUCACGGAGCGUUGCAGACACCGCUGCUUCGGACCAGCCAGGUGGUACACGUCGGGGUCGACAGAGCACAACUGCCUCGUCGAGUACCUCGAGUCCCUCCCCUGUGGCAAGUACGACCCCGGCUGCCGGGGCACCGCCUCAGCCGCAGCAGCAGCAGCAACAGCUGCCGCCAGCGGUUCAGACGAGUGCCGCUCCAGCCUCACCUACUGUCUCAGCUCCUAAGGAAGAUCAGCACCAGCAACAGCAGCAGAAUCAGCACCAGCUUCAGCCGCAGCAUCAGAUCCCAGUUACUUCGCCUGGUUCCGUUUCUUCAUCACCGUCAUCGCUCAGGCCAGACAUCAUCUCCAGUGGUAUCGGUGGCACUGGUGGUGGAUUGGGACUCAUCGGUGGUGGUGGUGGUGCUGCGAGCACUGGAGUUAUGGGUGGUAAUCUUCCCGCACCUGGACAAGUCCUUGACAAGAAGUCCGGGAAAGCUGUUCAACCAUCCCCCUACUGCGAUUUCUGUCUCGGUGACGCGAGGGAGAAUAAAAAAACAGGCGGGUCCGAGGAAUUGGUCUCUUGCAGUGAUUGCGGUAGAUCAGGACAUCCGACUUGUUUGCAAUUUACUGCAAAUAUGAUUGUAUCUGUACGUAAGUACAGGUGGCAGUGUAUCGAGUGCAAAUGUUGCUCCAUUUGUGGUACUUCUGAUAAUGACGACCAGCUGCUGUUCUGUGAUGACUGUGAUCGUGGAUAUCACAUGUAUUGUCUGUCUCCACCUCUCGCAUCUCCACCAGAAGGUUCCUGGUCCUGUCGACUAUGUUUAGCUGAGUUUCAUCGGCGAGAUUGAACAACAAGAUUCACUAUCUUGUCAAUCCACAGUAA